AACAAAUUGUCCUCCUUUAAUUUCCAAUACUUUAACCCAAAUUUCCACCUUUCAUGUCUUUAUAUAUCGGCGCCGAGGUCGUCCUCUCGCCUGGAUAGAUUUCAUUUCACAAUCACUCGCCUGGAUUCCGAUAUCUUCCUUCUUUGUCUUCUCCUCCGGCCCUAUAUCGGACUAGUGGCAAUCUUCCAUAUUCCAAUUUCUGUAAACCCUGAUUCCAUCAAACCCUUAGGUUUUGAACCCGAUCCAAACCCUCCGGUGUCUCUACUUCCCGUCGCUGUCUGUUUUGCUUCCCCCGAUUUCUGUCCAACCCAUCACUUGCGAACCCCUUAACAUGGGCACUGUUCGGGUUAAUUUGGAUUCUCAACAGCCGGAAGCCUCUUCGUCUGCUCAAUCCACCACCACUACAUCCACCUGCCGGACAGAGACGAUCAACGGCUCGCACGAUUUCAAAAUCAAAGGUUAUUCGCUGUCGAAAGGCAUGGGAAUUGGGAAAUACAUAGCCUCUGAGACGUUCACUGUUGGGGGGUAUGAUUGGGCGAUUUAUUUUUACCCCGAUGGUAAAAGUGCGGAGGAUAAUGCCGUGUAUGUGUCGCUUUUCAUUGCGUUGGCAAGUGAUGCAACAGAUGUUCGGGCACUGUUUGAGCUGACUCUGUUGGAUCAGAGUGCGAAUGAGAGGCAUAAGGUUCAUUCUCAUUUCGGUAGGGUCUUGGAGACUGGGCCAUACACCCUCAAGUAUCGUGGCAGCAUGUGGGGCUAUAAGCGCUUUUUCAGAAGAAGUGUGUUGGAAACAUCGGACUUCCUCAAAGACGACUGUCUCUUGAUACAGUGCACUGUUGGUGUUGUCAGAACGUAUAUAGAAGCACCCAAGAUUUACUCCAUUCCAAUGCCACCAUCUAACAUUGGUCUCCAUUUUGGGAAGCUUCUAGAAAGUGCAGAGGGAAGUGAUAUAAAUUUUGAAGUUGAGGGGGAAGUCCUCCGAGCUCACAAGCUAGUCCUUGCUGCGCGUUCCCCUGUGUUCAGGGCACAGCUUUUUGGUCCUUUGAAGGAACAAGACACACAGUACAUUAGAAUUGAAGAAAUGCAAGUUCCUGUUUUCAAGGCAUUGCUUCACUUCAUAUAUUGGGAUGUACUACCUGAUUUACAAGAUCUUGCUGGCCAUGAUAUGACAUGGGCAGGCACGUUGAUGGCCCAACAUUUGCUUGCAGCAGCAGAUCGAUAUGGACUUGAGAGGUUAAGAGUGCUGUGUGAGUCUAAACUCGUAGAGGAUGUUGCCAUCAAUACGGUAGCUACAACACUAGCUUUGGCUGAUCAACACCAAUGCGUCCAACUUAAAUCUGUUUGCCUGAAGUUCAUUGCUUCACCCGAAAAUUUGAAAGCUGUGAUGGAAACAGAGGGAUUUGAUCACCUGAAGGAAAGCUGCCCUUCUGUUUUAACUGAACUGCUCAAUUAUGUAGCCAAGAUGGGUUUACACCCAGCAGCUUGUUAUGAUCAUGGUGGAAUUGCUCUUGAUGGAAGUGAUGUAAAUGGAAGAAGAGUGAAGCAGAGGCUGUACUGAUGGUGAAUUGGUAACUCUUGACCUCAUCGGGCGUGGGAUAGUAGUUUUUACUCUUUUACUGUAAUGGUGUACCUGUAUUUCUUUACACAGAAGUUGUUAUAGAAAUUACAUUCUAAUGGCUCAAUCAUUUUCUGAGCAGGUAUAUAUCGCGAAUGAACUGAUUUUCAGCCUUUCUUUUUGAACGUGAGACUGUACUGUGUGCACUGUGUUUGUGUUUUGUAUUAACUAAUGGGACUAUGGGAGGCUCCACUGCUGCUCUGAUUAAGGAUGUGUUCAUGUAAUCUUAUUUUAAGUAUGAUAUUGAAGAAAAACUUUUCGGUUCCAUAAGUUUGUG